AUGUCGCCCUCCAACGUGAAUAUCGAAGAGGCCGUCGAGAGCUCCUUCACCCUCGUCGACCGCCUCCACGACCCCCUGCGCUUCCCCGGCAACGACGACGUCGACGAGCCCGCACCCUCGGCGCUCGUCAUCGAGGACUCGGCCGUGAUCGAGAACCUCUACGAAGGGCCCCGCAAGUGCCGCUGCUGCGUCAACUGGGUCGACAAGAUCCCCGAAGAGGCCGAGCCCGACUCGGACAGCGACGACGACGACGGCCGGGGCACCCCCAUCGUGAUCCGCUACUUCGUCACCCGCGGCGAGACCGCGUCGCGCGUGUCCAUCCACUCCAUCGAGAUCAAGGACGCCGCCGCCCGCAAGGUCCUCUUCUCCGUCUUCGAGGGCUACGACAACAUCCACCCGGACAUCAACUGCCUCGUGCUUCGCGCCCCUUUCAAACCCUUCUACUACCGCUGGGCCCGGUUCCAGACCGCCGUGGACGCGUGCGAGGAUCCCCGCACCGCCGAGAUCCUCCAGCAGCUCCGCUGCGUCGUCAAGUCGGAGCUGAGCAAGGCCUUCACCGUGGAGAAGGAGCUGGUCGCCAACGGGCUCAUUAGUUUCCCUUACCUGUGGACGAUUUUCCGCCCCGGCGGCCUCGUGUGCGAGGACUCGUACCGCGGCGUCCGGUUCUACUACGUGGAGCGCACCGAGGACUUCGCCGCCGAUCCCGAGUUCCGCAUCCACGCCCUCGGCCUCGAGUACGACGGGUACCGGUGGGGCUUCUUCCGCACCAGCUUCACCAUUGACCACUUUGACGGCGUCAAGAAGAUCACCGACCUCUUCGUCUUCCCCGAGCGCUUCCUCGAGGAUGCCGAGAAGAGCAAGGCUGCCGCCAUCGAGCGCGGCCGCAAGUACCAGUCCCUGACGGAUACCCGCUACAUGGAGUACCCUGACGACAACGGCCUGCCCCUGUGGCUGCCCCACGCCAUGGACAAGAGCGGCGGGGAGGAGGAGGAGGAGAAGAAGAAGACGAAGGGGAAGACCAAGGACGACAAGGACGAGGGCAAGCAGCAGGAACGCACGUACAACCGUGUCAUGAUUGACUUUGGCAGCACCCACCUGCGCAAGCCCCGCCUCGCCAUCUUCCGCGAGGAAAAGGACAUGACGUGCGAGACGGGCGCCAUCGCCCAGGUCCCCGUCGACACCCCCGUCGGCGGGCACAAGCCCCUCGUCCGGAACCGCCGCGCGGACUCGAGGUCGCCCGAGCGCAACGACUACUCCGACUACGAUGCCAACAACGCCGCCUACGAGCGUAGGCGCGUGCGCCGUCCCAGGCGGCAGUCGCGCUCCGUCUCGCCCGACGCGCGCUCGCCCCGGCGCGAUCGGUAUUUCGAAGAGGAGCACAUUACCGAUUUCCACCUCUUGAUUUGCGAUACGAGGCUACCUGGGUUUUGUCUCAAGAGGAGACGCUGGCAAUACUUCCAGGUCGAUCUCGUCCGCGAUAUCCAGUGGAGCGCCGACCCCUUCAACACUCUUGUGCUGCCCGACGGGUACAAGGACCUUAUCCUGUCCUUUGUCGAGAGCCACAUUGGGGGCGAAAAGUCUUUUGACGAUGUUAUUGGCGGAAAAGCUUGCACAAUACUGACUUUAUACGUCCUUGAUAUCAGGCAGUGGUCUCGUUGCCCUACUCACCGGGCCCCGGGUGUGGGUAAAACGCUCACCGCCGAAUCCGUCGCCGAAACACUUCGAGUGCCUCUGUACUUCUUGGAUCUCGGCCAGGUCAUCGUCGAGCUAGACGAGGAGCGGCUCGCCGAGCGGUGGAACGCCAUCCUGCUCGUCGACGAAUGCGACUUGUACCUCGAGCCCCGCAGCGAGACCAGCCCCGUCCGCAACCGAGUCGUGACGAAAUUCCUCCAAGAAAUCGAAUACUCCUCCUCCCUCCUCUUCCUCACCACCAACCGCCCCAACGCCCUCGACCCGGCUCUCGCCUCGCGCAUCCACCUGACCGUGACCUACCCGGCCCUCGACGAAGUCAGCCGCCGCACCAUCUGGGAGACCUUCCUCUCGCACAACGGGUGCCCGCGGCUGCAGCCCGCGGCCCUCGACGUGCUCUCGCGCGUGCCCCUCAACGGCCGCCGCAUCCGCAACGUCGUGCGCGCCGCCUCCAUCAUGGCGGGUCGGAAUAAGCGCAGCGUGGAGUUUACGGACAUCAAGACUGUCUUGCAGAUUAUCGAGGGCCAGGUUGUGGAGGACCCGAGGGCGGGCGGAGCGGCUUGA